AUGUUCGAUAUGAAGGAGAAGUAUGACACUAUCCCGCCGCCUGUUUCUCACCCGCAGGACGGCCAGAAGAGCUCCAAGGCAAAGAACUUUGCCAGACACUGCUUGAUAGCCGUGUUUCUGUGCUUGACGGUCUUUGUUGUGCUCCAUAAACCUCACUUCCCGCAGAAGUACAUCGAUGCUGUGAAGGAUGCAGCAUCCUCGAGACAUGACAAGCAUGCCUCCACCACCACAGAUCCAGACAACUCGAAGAAGGUACCAUUUGAAGCACAUAUUAUGAGCAAGUGUCCGGAUGCGCAGUCAUGUCUGCAUGACCUAGUGGUGCCGGCCAUGGAGCAGGUUCACCGGAAAGUCGACUUCAAGCUCUCUUUCAUCGGAUCAGCCUCAAAAGACUCAUCUGCUGUAUCCUGCCGCCACGGCCCACCUGAGUGUGUAGGUAACAUUCUGAUGCUCUGCGCAGCCAACCUUCCGUACCCACCACUUGUCGCCAGCUCCUCUUCUUCGCCGGAAUCCAAGUCCUGCCCCAACUACGAAACAACGCCCGUUGUUCGAUAUCUUGGUUUCGCCAACUGCAUGAUAUCUGAAUACCAAGAUAUCCCUGACCGCGCUCUAGUCCAGGACUGCGCACUUGAGUACGGAAUCAGCUUCAACGCCCUGAACAAGUGUGCCAGUCGCCAGAGCGAUGAGGGUGAUGAAGCCCGUGAUGGCCACGAGGACUGUGACCAUGGACCAAGCGGCCUUGCUCUGAUGAGGAAGAGCUUCCAGCACAGCGCAAAUGUCGGCGUCACAAAGAGCUGUACCGUCAGAGUGGACAAUAAGUUCUGGUGCAUCCGUGACGGCGGUCAGUGGACGGACUGUGGUGAAGGCAACGAGAGAAGCGAUGUCUCUGUCCUAGUCAAGGAGAUCGAACGCCUCUGGGACGAGAGAAACUAG